CGUCACUCCUCCAGGUCAGGUCUUCAAUGUGAGCGGCUCUCAGGUGUUUCUGAGGCUGUGAAGCUGUUGGUGUCCCGACCCCCGUCCUCACCUGGAAGAAGGUUCUCAAUGGGGGGAAAAAGAAGAUGGAGCUUCUUCCUGGAGACAGAGAAAACCUGGCGAUUCAGACGAGAGGAGGCCCCGAAAAACAUGAAGUGACCGGCUGGGUGCUGAUCUCUCCGCUCACCACAGAAGAAGAAGGUUCGUAUGAGUGUCAUGCCACCAACUCCAAAGGCGAGGCGUCGGCUGUCGGAGCCAUUCACGUGGUGGAGUCCAUCGAUGACAUCAUCGUCAAGAAAGUGACGAAGGAAGAUGAGCUGUGAUCAGCUGAUAAGAAGAUCAUCGCAGGAAUCUCCUCUGCAGAUGUUUUAAUGUUUUCUGAGUUGAAUUCAUUCAUUUUUUAUCUUUUAUUAUCGUGUUACAAUCUUCGAUGAUUUCAACUGAAAUCAGUCAGGCUUUUUUAAAGAGUUCAAACCACUGAUGGUGGUCAACAUAGCAACGGCUAAGAUGCUGGUCACCGUAGCAACGGAUGCCGGUCACCGUGGCAACGGCAAUGAUAUGGAUAAAAAUAUUAAACUCUGUUUAAAGUGAACUUAUCUUUCGAAUGUCUUACGUUUGUUAUUAAAUAUUGACUGUAAUCAAUAACCAAUUAUAUGCUCUUAAACUGUAGUUUCUGUUUUUACUGCAGAAUCAAUAAAGAUUUUUAUAUUCAUCACAUUUGUAAUUGACAAAGUUUUGUGAAAAAAAUUGUAAAAAUUCUUUAAAAAGAAAA